AACAUGCAUUUGCGUGCUGACGUCAAACGUGUGCACCCCCAUGAUUUGGUAAACCACCCUUCGUACGGAAAUAUGGCGGCUUUGAUUCGAAUUUGAUUAAAAUUCGAAUGGUCUUAUUUUAAAUGGACAGACAAGGAAAUACGUCGGAAAGCACAACGUUGUAAAGGCUGAGAGUCAGUAAAGCGCCUGAGGCGGCAGGGGAACCGCGACAUUUGACUGACAGGACACUGGUGGACUCGGAAGAGGCGUUUUGUGUCGUCUACUUUAGGAAGAGGAGCCCUGGUGUUUGUAGCUACGCGUGGAGCUCGAGGGAGCGACCACCACUGGGGUCGGGGAGUGGGAGGGCAAAAAGCGGACACGGAAAGAGGAGGGUCGAGCCUAGCUGGAUAGGAGGUUGGUAUGUCGGAGACUGUCGACUGAUGUCGUGUCGUCCACACAGCAGCCUGUCCGGACUCCCUUCUCGUCGGUGGAUGCGAAGCUACUGCGCGACCCCUAUAAAGUCGGUCGUUGAAUAAAAGCCACGCGCCGCAGCGCGAGGAGCCCGCUGGACUUCUUACCAUGCGCUGUUGCACGCUGGUAUACGCUUCAGUCCCCGCGCUAAGAGCUGCGUUCUUGGGUGUGUCGCUCCGCAGUUGGGUCGCCUCGAUAACCAGCUGAACCUUCAUGACAGUACACAAGGAAUGAACUUCUCAAUUUCCCGUUGAUUGGAUAUUUAACCUUAGCUAAACUGGAUUAUAUGGGAGUGAAUUUGGAAUCAGAAUGGUUAAACGUUGAUCGGGAAUGUGACUGUACAUCAAGUAUGGGAUUGACUUUGUAGUCAACAGCUUUUAAAGUGUGUUUUUGCAGGAGUCAGAAAAGCAUUACAUGGGAAAAUGGUGUAAUUUUGAUUCUCGUCAUCGGCAGUCACUUUACUUCUUUCUGCUGUCUCAUUAAUACUGACAUAAAACUAGUAAUGAGCCAACUGAGAGGUGAUAACUAGAUAUUAAUGACCACUAUUAUGUAUGUACGGUGUAGCAUUCAAAAGCCUAUUUAUUACUGAAAUCCACUAAUGUGAAAUAUCAUUUAUUGUAAUUAAGAGAAAUCUAUGCACAGCCAUGGAUCGUGUCAUUGCCUUUUAAAUAUGUCUAUUUAUUAUGACCUGGGUGCCUUGCUGAAAUGCUCGUCAUUCCGUUUUAUUUAAGUUUUGGCUUUUGGCUGCUAAGAUGGUUUUAAUGUAGUUACACCGUGAUCACGUUUAGGUAAGACCAUUUUUUUAAAUGACUUGUGGAUUAUUGCCCUAAACUUGUUUUUAACACUAUCAUUAGAAAUUAUAGUCUUACUAGAAUCACCUGUCACACUAGAUUAGGUAUCUCUAGGACCUUGCUUUGUUCUGGAAAACUGCUGAUUGUAAUUGGAUCAUGAUUUAUGUUAAAUCCUUUCCUUUUAACCAACCCAAUAUGGUGCAAAACUGAUUACACUUUUUUGUUUAAAUCAAGUGGCCUUAUGUGUGGAUCUGCAACCAAAGUAUAACAGCCAAAACAUAAGCUUGUACUUGCAGCAUCCUGAAUUUUACUCUGAACACACUUGUACUGUGAAGAUAUUCAUUUCUAUGCAUUAGAACACAUGAAUGAAACUGGGCACUAUACAGGUAGGGCGCCGGACAGUCACAGCAGUCGAUGACCGGUAGAACAGAGUGGCUCCUUGAUGACCUGGAUUUCAGGCCUCCCAGCCGCACCAGAGUCUGGCUUUAUUGGAUCUUUGGUCUAGUUUGGGCAACGCCUGUGGAGUGCACCAGCAAAAGCAAGAGUUGAAUCACCACGCAGAGGACUGCUCGGUGCCAAAGUCCCCAACAUCCAACCAGGGAGACACCCACCGCAGUAGCGAGCGCUUACGGCGCAAUCCCGGCCUCCAGCCUUUAUGGGGCAGCAGCCGGGGAAGUUUGUCAGUGAGCAGCGGAGGCCCAGUCUGGCAGCACUGCCCUUCAUCAAGGUAGUUAGGCGGGAGCCGCAGCGCCAUGGGGCCCCUCCCUGCAACGUCUUCGCUGUACACGAAGCUCUCCAGCGACCCGAUUUCGAGCCGCCAGGGCUUACGGAAGCUGCCCGCUGGAACUCCAAGGAGAACCUGUUGGCAGGGCCCAGUGAAAACGACCCCAACCUGUUCGUUGCACUGUACGACUUUGUGGCGAGCGGGGACAACACCUUGAGCAUCACUAAAGGAGAGAAGCUCCGGGUGCUGGGAUACAACCACAAUGGCGAGUGGUGCGAGGCGCAGACCAAGAACGGGCAGGGCUGGGUGCCCAGCAAUUACAUCACGCCCGUCAACAGCCUGGAGAAGCACAGCUGGUACCACGGGCCGGUGUCGCGCAACGCAGCCGAGUACCUGCUGAGCAGCGGCAUCAACGGCAGCUUCCUGGUGCGUGAGAGCGAGAGCAGCCCAGGUCAGAGGUCCAUCUCGCUGCGCUACGAGGGCCGCGUCUACCACUACCGGAUCAACACGGCCUCCAACGGCAAGCUGUAUGUAUCGUCGGAGAGCCGCUUCAACACGCUUGCUGAGCUGGUGCACCACCACUCCACGGUGGCUGAUGGGCUGAUCACCACGCUGCACUACCCCGCCCCAAAGCGCAACAAGCCCACCAUCUACGGAGUGUCGCCCAACUACGACAAGUGGGAGAUGGAGCGCACUGACAUCACCAUGAAGCACAAGUUGGGAGGGGGGCAGUACGGGGAGGUCUAUGAAGGUGUCUGGAAGAAGUACAGCCUCACCGUGGCUGUCAAGACCCUCAAGGAGGACACGAUGGAGGUGGAGGAGUUCCUGAAGGAGGCCACGGUCAUGAAAGAGAUUAAGCACCCCAACCUGGUGCAGCUGCUGGGCGUGUGCACGCGAGAGCCCCCCUUUUACAUCAUCACGGAGUUCAUGACCCAUGGGAAUCUGCUGGACUACCUGCGUGAGUGUAACCGAGAGGAGGUCAAUGCCGUGGUGCUGCUCUACAUGGCCACCCAGAUCUCCUCCGCCAUGGAGUACCUGGAGAAGAAGAACUUCAUCCACAGAGACUUAGCCGCCCGGAACUGCCUGGUGGGGGAGAACCACCUCGUGAAGGUGGCAGACUUUGGGCUGAGCCGGUUAAUGACCGGGGAUACAUACACAGCCCACGCCGGUGCCAAGUUCCCCAUCAAAUGGACCGCCCCGGAGAGUCUGGCCUACAACAAGUUCUCCAUCAAGUCCGAUGUGUGGGCGUUUGGUGUACUGCUGUGGGAGAUCGCCACCUACGGCAUGUCGCCCUACCCGGGGAUCGACCUGUCCCAGGUGUACGAGCUGCUGGAGAAGGACUAUCGCAUGGACAGACCAGAGGGAUGUCCGGAGAAGGUCUACCAGCUCAUGAGAGCCUGCUGGAAGUGGGAUCCCGCAGAGCGACCAUCGUUUGCUGAGACCCACCAAGCAUUUGAAACCAUGUUCCAGGAGUCCAGCAUUUCCGAUGAGGUGGAGAAGGAGCUGGGGAAGAAGGCAGAGCCGAGCUCGGUUCAGCAGGCCCCAGAGCUGCCGACCAAGACCAGAACCCUGCGCAAGAACAUGGACCGAGAUGGAGACAGUCCAGAUCCACCGGAAUCCAGCAUGGCCGCAUCUCCAGUGCUGCCUGGCAAGGAAAGGCUGUCUGACGGCAACCUGAAUGAGGAUGAUCGCCUGGUGCCUAAAGACAAGGACCGAUCACGGACCAGCCUCUUCAACCUCAUCAAGAAGAAGAAGAAGACUGCUCCGGCUCCCCCCAAGAGAAGCAGCUCCUUUCGGGAGUCAGAGAUGCGUGGAGAGGAGUUCAACAACGGCUCUCUUUUCAGCGAUGGCAUCCCUGGCGUUGACCCCGCCAAAUUCCUGAGUGCCAACAAUGGUGCGGGAGGCUUAGCCAACGGGGCGGCCGCCUACCCAGCUCCCUCCGGGCUCCUCCCGGUGCACUCCUGGAAGAAAGGUGCACCUGCUUCCCCUGCUGCCAGUGGCAAGGCACCCACUGUGCACCCAGUUGAGGAUGACCUCCUGUCCAACUCCAAGCGAUUCCUGCGUUCCUCCUCAGCCUCCAGCAUGCACCCUGGCUUUCACCACAUGGACAGAAAGUCAGUCACCUUGCCUCGCAAACUGGAAGCACGUCAGUUCCCCUCAGGCUCCUUUGGUGGCUGCCGCGACCGGCCCGCCCUGCCACAGAAGAAAUCCAUGGAACAUAAACAAGAGGGUGCCCCCCGCCUCGGCACCCUCACUCCCCCGCCGCGAUUGCCCAAAAAGACAGAGGACAUGUCGGACGAGGUCUUCAGGGACCCCGAGUCAAGCCCAGGCUCCAGCCCCCUAACCCUGACCCCUAAACUGCUCCGCCGACUACCUAGUCAGGGUGAGGUCUCCAGGACCAGCGCCCUCCAAGCAGAGCUGCUAAAGCCCAAUGUUUUUCCUGCCCUAGGGGCAGCAGGUGAGGAGUGCCGGUUGCGACGUCAGCACAAGGAGAAGGGUAAAUUACAGAAGUUCAAGCCAGCGCCUCCACCGCCUCCUGCUGCAAAGUCUGCAAAAGUCGCCUGGAGCCCUUCCCAGGACACUGUGCCCGAUGCCAAGGCUAAACCAUUCUCACAGGGCCUUGACCCUCACUCUCCCACCCCCAGCACCUGUGAACAGGGCAGGUCUCCCCUGGCACAAGAGGGCAGCAAGAAAGUCAGUCUGGGUGGGACAUCGAAGCUGCCAUCCCCAAAGCCAUCUUCCUCAGUGUCUCCACCCUGCUUGUCUUCGGGACCCUCUAGCAGUGAGCAGGGUGUGUCUGCCACCUUUCCCCCCCUUGUGACACCCCGACGACCUCUGCGCAAGGCCUGGCAGCCCCUGGAGCGGCACUCCAACUCAGCUGCCACCCGGGAGAUGGUGCUGGAGGGAAUGGAGCAACUCCGGGCCGCCAUCGACCGGAACUCCGAGCAGACGAGCAGCCACAGUGCCGUGUUAGAGGCCGGCAAAAAUCUGUCCAAGCACUGUGCCAGCUACGUGGACUCCAUCCAGCAGAUGAGGAGCAAAUUCGCUUUCCGCGAGGCCGUCACCAAGCUGGAGAGCAGUCUCCGCGAGCUGCAGGUCUGUCCGGCCACCACUGGGGGUGCUGCCGCACAGCAGGACUUUACCAAGCUGCUGUCCUCCGUUAAAGAGAUAAGUGACAUUGUCCAGAGUUAGCGACAAAGGUGCUGCUGUUCCAGACCGUGAUCAGGGAGCACUUCGUAGCAUGAUGGGGGUGGAGCCCCAUCUGUACCCCAGGCCAGAAAAAACAAAAAGUGCUAAGCAAUGCGAGAAAUCCUUUAAAGGAUCCCCAGCUUUGCGCAGUAAGAAAAGCCAAAACACUAACUUAUCUUUCUGAAAAAACAUUGGAGUCUGCCUCACCUGAAAUUGUGGUUUUUAAUAUUUUAAAGUGUCUUCUAUUCCCACAAUACAGAUGUUUUUAUAUACGGUAUAAGGGAGAGCGGUACAAACUCCAGUUUGUCCAAAUGUUGUUCUGGCCCAUUUGAUAGUGCCGAGAUUUCGGUGGGGAAUGUGAAGGGUUACAGAACAGAGAUCAAUGUGCUUUUUGCUUUCAUUUUUUGCUUUAUUUCAGUUUACUCAGCCAUCCCCUCGAGUGUCAGCGGGGUCUGUUCUCAGCUUGGAAUCGGGCUAAGAGCCUGUCAGGGCAGAGGAGUCUCAUCUCAUUAAGCUAAACAGAAUGACCUUUUGUUUCACGGCACGGUGAUGAUCACAUGAUUGCUCACAGCCAGGCUUGUGUGCUUACGGAGGUGGGCAGCGUCGGGGAGCAGGGGCCAAUCUGGAACAGUGGGACUUUUUCGUAUCCGUGCCUUAAAACCAUAAACCCAAAAGCAGAGACCGCAUAGACAAGCCGAGUAACAUGGCUUUGCACUACAUGUUUAUUCAGUAAAAGCCAUUAGGUCUAUGAUAUAUACAAGGUCUGUCUGCUUGCCUGUUCCUAUCAAACACUUGUGCCCAGAAGUCUUGGGGAAUUCUGCAGUGCAUUAGCAUAUAAUUUGACAUUUUUGAUGUCUUAAAAGAACUGUGGUCAUUUACAGAUAUCUUUCUGGACAGCUUUUUUUUAUUAUUAUUAUUAUUUUUUUUAAAUUCUCACAGAAUUCUCAGGAGCUUCCUAAUGAUGACAUCACAGGCGUUUGUUAGAAAUUCCCAGGUGGUUGGCGAGCCAUUUUUAAAGACUAUACUUUAGAUAAACCAAAAAAGCAACCUACACCACUGGCUACUUGUUAAGCCAGAGGGUUGGUUACACAUGGAGGAGAUGGACAGUUAAGCAAAAAAAAAGGUAUACCAAACCUACGUGCCACUUUGCAUCCAGCCUGUCAGGAUAUGGUUUAUUUUUAAUUUACUGUUCAUAGACUUCAGUAUUGGAGUUCUCUUGGCCAUCGCUCUUGCCCUUUCUGACUGCGAUGCCUGUACUUUGUAACACGGUACUUUUUUGUACAUCAUGCCACUGUAUUUGACUUGCAUCCUAAUGGUGUCACCAUUUCAGAACACUAACUUGGCGUUUUGGCGCUCCUCCUUGUACAUACCUUCCUCUCUUCUUCUCUAUAACCCCGGUGCAAUUUUUUGGUUGAUAAAAUACAGAGUAAUUGUGA